GACCAAACCUCUCCAGGUCAAUGCGGAAUGCGGCUUCCUGUGGUGGCCUUGCUGGUCUGUAACUGCUGCAUCGCCUCCGCGAGCACAUCUGUGAAGCUACCGCUCCCAGGAAGCGGCACUGACGGCGGUGGCGCAGGGGUCGGCGUGGCGUCCCUCGACGCCGAGUUCCCCAGUCCAGCGCUCAAGUGUGGGAAAAAAGGCGGCGUCUUGACGUGCCUCGAGCCGCUGGGACCUGUGGCGGCCACACACUGCUUCAAAUCACUGUUCAAAGCAGGUACUGUAGCAGGUCACUGGCAGAGACUUCGACACAGACACCGUACCGUCUUGUGGGUGGUGUUGUGCGCAGGGCUCUCUAAUUUGCUAGUGGCGUCUGCUCAUGGCGAGCUGGAGGGGCUGGAAGAGCUCGUUGAGGACACGCUCGAGUCGGCCUCGACGCCUGACAUAGCGCGAGCGGCGUGUGAGCGUGCUGACUUGACACGCAAAGGGCUUCGAAUACAUACAGUACAUUUCCUUCCUUUCACAGGUAAUGAGUGCUUCGCCAACCACCGCGACCCAGACGAGGUCUGCCAGAGCCGCCUAUGCUACCUCACCUGUACGCAAGCCACACAAACACGCCGCACAAUGAACGCAGGUCAGAUGCGGAUGAGAUGCGCUGUGCUUUGUUUUCCUUUCGGUUCUGUCAGCCUUCACGUGUGCAACAAACUUCAUAGGGGAAAGUACGAGGCGACAGACAGGCAGACACAGAUCGACCGGCAGAUGUCCCGUUUUGCAUCUGUGUGCAGCAUGCGAAGGGUGGCGCUCUCUCCCCGGCAUCCCGGAGCCACAGGCGCCCGUUAUCGACCCGUCACUAGGGGUCGCUGAGUGUUCCUGGAGGACGUCAAGGGCAACAUCGCGGCGCACAUCCCUGACGAGACUGUGGCGGCCGAGUCGCUGACAUACUACAUCCUUUACCGAAUGCUGAUGAACGUCUUCGUGGCGGCUUGUGUGCUGGGGCCGGAUGACACCCUGCCUGAGCUGCCUGGAUGGACGAAUGUUGAUGUCAUCAG